AUGGAGAGUCCAAUUACCCUUGGAAACAACAAUAACCAAAGGAAUAUAGCAGUUUUAAACUUUGGGACUAAUGACAGAAGUAACUGUGUAACUGUUCUAGAAACGGCGUUAUACCUGACGGAGAAAUAUAUUGGCAAAAUUAUCAACAGCUCAUAUAUAUACGAAACUGUUCCGGAAUAUGUCGUUUUGGACGAAACAAUAAGAUUUGAGAAGGUAAGAGAAAAGGAAAUUGUAUAUGACAUUAAUUGGGUGAACGAUUUGGUUACAACUUUGGAAAGAUCGAGACACGAAGAAGGGGAUGAUUUAAUUUAUGAGUGUAAAGAACUUGAAAAGUUUUUAAAAAAUGAAAAAUUAAAUGAAAGCACUAUACAAGAAGUUAGUGUGGAAAAGUACGAAUAUGAAACAAAAAAUAUAAUAAGAGCGAAUGAUGAAAUUAUGAAAAAGAAUUUAGAACAAUUUAAAAAUAAAUAUUACACGAGUUACUUUUUUAACUUAACAGUUAUAGUUAGAAGUUUUGUUGAAGAUCCUUUAAGCAUGUUGAUAAUAUUAAAAUACAUUGAACAAAUCAUGAAAAGAAAGGAUGCAAAAAAGGACCUUGGAGAAAUAUUCGAAAAUCGUAUUAUAGAUAUAGAUAUUUUAUUUUUUAACAAUUAUACAAUUUUUGAAAAAUGUAUAAAUUUAAAAAAAGAAGACGUAUAUAAAAUUAUUACAAAAUAUAUUCAUAUAGAUAACAACACUAAUAAAAAACGUCUGGAAAUUAUCCAAAAUUUGAACGAUAAAAUUAAAUUCUUAUGUAUUCCUCAUGUGUAUACAAAGCGUAGGUACAGUAUCCUACUAUGCUUAAACGAUAUAAUUCCAGAUUAUAUACAUAGUACAUUAAAUGAGAGUAUUAAUUCAGCUUAUAAUAACUACAUUAACAAAUUUGAAAAAAUACAUUGUGUUAAUAUCAGAAAAAAUAAUAAGAGGUUAUAUGUACUGAAAGAUAAAGUAUCUCACCUAAAAGAAAAAACACAUAUAGUGGGUAUUUUAAAUGUUAACUAUGAUUCAUUUUCUGAUGGUGGAUUAUUUGUUAACCCAACCAAAGCUGUUGAAAGAAUGUUCGAAAUGAUAAAUGAUGGCGCGAGUGUAAUUGAUAUUGGGGGUGAAUCAUCAGCUCCUUAUGUCGUCCCCAAUCCAAAUAUUACUGAACGGGAUUUAGUAAUACCCGUUUUGAAAUUAUUUAAAAAAGAGUGGAAUAAACUGGUGUACGAUAUGACCAAUAAUGUGAUGGAUUCUCAAGGUGAAGAAAACAUGGCCCUACAAAAUAUGAUGAACACAAAACCAAUUAUAAGUAUUGAUACUGUGAAUUAUGAUAUUUUCAAAGAAUGUGUAGAUCUCGACGUAGUAGAUAUUCUAAAUGAUAUUAGUUCAUGUACACACAAUCCAGAUAUUAUAAAAUUAUUAAAAAAAAAAAAUAAGUUUUAUACCGUUGUUUUAAUGCACAAAAGAGGGAAUCCUCAUACAAUGGAUAAGUUAACAAAUUACAAUGAUCUUAUUUAUGAUAUUAAAAAUUACUUAAAAGAUCGAUUAAAUUUUCUUGUUUUAAAUGGGAUACCACGUUAUCGAAUUCUUUUUGAUGUUGGUUUAGGAUUUGCUAAAAAACACGAUCAGUCUAUUAAACUCUUGCAGCAUAUUCACGUUUAUGAUGAAUAUCCACUAUUUCUUGGUUAUUCGAGGAAACGAUUUAUUGCUCACUGCAUGGAGAAAAAUGGUACAACCAAUGGGCAUAUCAAAUUAAGCAAUGGAAAUAAAAACGAAGACAAAAAGGAUACAUCACAAAUAUGGAGAUUUAAAAUGAAUUAUAUGCGCCAAGACAAGGAUCAACUUUUGUAUCAGAAAAAUAUUUGUGGAGGAUUAGCCAUUGCUUCCUACAGUUUUUAUAAAAAGGUUGAUCUGAUCAGAGUCCACGAUGUUUUAGAAACGAAAGCAGUUUUGGACGUUCUCACAAAAAUACACCAAUCAUAG